GUAGAAUAUAAAUUGUGGAGUACGAGGUUUCAAACACUCUCUCUCUUAUUUUCGCUCAACACACACAAACAUUUCCAGCCCUUCUCUGGGGACUCCGACCACCACAGUCCCUCCACCAAUUCGCCGGCGAGCAGGAAAGGAAGAGGGACUUACACAUGGUGUUCAUCGACCUAGAAAAGACAUGCGACGAAGUGCCGAGAGAGGUUCUAUGGAGAUGCUUAGAGGCUAGAGGUGUACCUGUGGCGCACAUUAGGGCGAUCAAGGACAUGUAUGAUGGGGCCAAGACUAGGGUAAGGACUAUAAGAGGAGAGUUGGAGCACUUCCCAGUUAUGAUGGGGUUGCACCAGGGAUCAGCUUUUAGCCCAUUUUUAUUUUCCUUGGUGAUGGAUGGAUUGACGCGGCAAAUUCAAGGUGAGGUGCCAUGGUGUAUGUUAUUCGCGGAUGACAUAGUCCUGAUUGACGAGACUCGCAGCGAAGUUAACACUAAGUUGGAGGUUUGGAGACAAACUCUAGAGUCUAAAGGGUUCAAGUUGAGUAGGACCAAGACAGAGUACUUGGAGUGCAAGUUCAGUGAUGUAGUGCAUGAGGCUGACAUGGAAGUGAAGCUUGGCACCCAGGUCAUACAGAAGAUAGAUAGUUUCAAGUAUCUUGGGUCUAUUAUAUAAGGAAAUAGGGAGAUUGAUGAUAACGUCACACACCGUAUUGUUGCAGGGUGGAUGAAAUGGAGGCUUGCCUUUCGGAGUGUUGUGCGACAAGAAGGUGCCACCAAAACUUAAAGGCAAGUUCUACAAAGUGGUGGUUAGACCGACUAUGUUAUAUGGGGCGGAGUGUUGACCAGUCAAGAAGUCUGACGUUCAAAAGAUGAAAGUGGCGGAAAUGAGAAUGUUGCGAUGGAUGUGUGGGAACACUAGGAGCGAUAAGAUUAGGAAUGAAGUUAUCCGAGACAAGGUAGCAGUAGCCUCGAUGGAGGAAAAGAUGCGGGAAGCGAGGAUGAGAUGAUUUGGGCAUGUGAUGCGGAGAGACACAAAUGCCCCAGUGCGGAGGUGAUUAGACAGGACAUGGCGCAUCUCCAGCUUACCGAGAACAUGACCUUAGAUAGGAGAGUAUGGAGGACUCAGAUCAAGGUAGAAGGGAACAUAUUAUGUGAGGACGUUUUCGAAUAUGGACAAAGUUAAUAUGGUAGAAACGAGAAUCCUCUAAUUUUCACGAAGGACAUAUCACUCUACCACGAAGAUUAAACUCUUAUAUAGAGAGUAUCCUCUAUUUGGAGAGAAGAAAAUAAAGAAGGCAGAGCUACUGUUACCUCAUCGUAGGACCAUCUCAUAUUUUGUUGAUGGACGCAAAUUUUCUACAAGUUGUCCAUUCUUAACUACUGUGCAAAUGGUGGAAGCUUUUGUUCAAUCGGUCAACGCACAAAUAAUAACAGUGAAUCAAAGAUUUCAGCAGCAGUUUCAUCCAUCAGUUUCCAUGGCAUCAAGCCUGUAGACUAUUUUUUUUUCUCCAACAGCAAUAUUGUGUAACAGUCUUUUUCCGCCCUCUUCUUAUGCCACUUCUCCUUGUUUCUUACUGUUAUCAAAAUUCUCAAAAUGCUAGUGGAUCCUGACGAGCAUCCAUCAUUUUACAAGCUUUUAUUUAAAGAAGGUUUUAUCGACAAAAUACUAAUGCCGCCAGCCUUCAUCAAAGAAAACAAGAGUAUGUUGGCAAAGACUUGCUUAUUGAGAACGGAUGAAGGGGUUUUUUGGGAAGCAAAGAUUGUGAGGGAGAAGUGUGGCUAUUUCUUAUGUGAAGGAGAGUGGCCACAGUUUGUGGAGUAUCACAGAUUGGACCUGGGGGACGUCUUGCUCUUCUUUCUCAUUGAUAAAUCGACGUUCCAAGUUCUGCCCUAUAAACAGAAACGUUAUAGAAACCUUCGUGGGAAGCAAGUAUUUGAGGAACUCAGCAGUAGCUCGAAAGAGGAUGCGGAUGAGGAUGAGGAAGAUGAAGAGGAAGAGGAAGAGGAAGAGGAAGAAAAUGAGGAAGAGGAAGAAGAAGAGGAAACCCCGAGAAAAUCAAAGAAAUGUAAAAGUCACGCAAUAGAAUACUCCGAUGAUAAUGAGGGAGAAAGCAAGGACUCAUCCAGUGGCUCCAAGGAUAAGGAAAGUCCACGGUACUUCCGUUCAGGUUUCAUCAUGAAAGGAGGUGAAUCCAAUGGCGAAGCAAAUAAAGUGCUCUACAAGAAGAAAGCUCCUCCAGGACUAAAACUGUUACUAAAGGCUUGUCAAGAGCAGCCUGCAAAUUCUAUCAUAGGAGGAUGGAAGAGGGGAAGAGCGAGGCGUGAGAGGGAUCCUAACAAACCUAAGCAACCAACAACUGCUUUCUUUGUUUUCAUGGAGGAGUUCAGGAAGCAGUUCGCGAAGAAGAAUCCACACAACCAUGAUAUCUGCAUUGUUGGAAGAGCUGGUGGAGACAGGUGGAAUCAGUUGCCAGAAGCUGAGAAAGCUCCUUACAUACGAGAGGCAGAGAAAAGGAAGGUAGAAUAUAAAGAAAACUUGAGGGCUUACUAUGACCGAAAGGCUUCCAAAGAAGACGCAUCUGACAAUUGCAGGUCCGCCGUCGUUGAGGAAGAGAUGCAUGAUUAUGUCCUCGUGAAUACUGAAAUUGGGAAAAGAAAGACAGGUGCAGUAGAAGAGGAGGAAGCUGAGAGUGGAAGCGAAGAAAAUGGUCCAAAGAAAGUCAGGUCAAAUAUGGUGAACUUCAACAAUAAAGAUCCAAACUUUGAAGUGGUUGUGAAAAAAGUCACUGAUACAGGCCAACCUCUCAAGACUUAUCUUAGAAGAAAAUAUCAACGAGAGGAUAAGGAAUUGAAGAGUUAGGAUGAAGUCUGACUUUUGCAGUUUUUGAAGCACACUUCGGGGGAAAUUGUCAACCAAAUCAAGUGACAAUUGCUUCCUUGAACUGCUCCAGCAGUUUAUUUUUUAGCUGUCUUAUGUAACUCGUAUCCUGUUGUAUUUCCUGUAAAUAUGUACUUAGGAUUAGUUUUUUGGUGUAAAGUAAUUUCAGAUUUGAAACCACUGUAAUCUGGAGUCUUGUGUUUAAGAUUCUUGCACGAUAUAUCAACAAUAAAUCACAGGUUUUUUUCGA